UUUUUUUUUUUUGGAGGGGGUGGAGUGGGGUGGGGGAGGGCUUGGAGAGGAAGAUGGUGGAAGUGCUUACAGAGCGAUGGGUCCCGGUGGAGGUGAGGGAGGUAUUUCCGGUUUCGUCUGAGCGAACGGCUGGCGCCUGCACCUCCGGCUUUGACACAGCUCUCGCCUCACUGCGAGCGUGGAAGCCCCAAGAGAAGCCUGUCAGCCUUCGGGACCUCCCCGGAUUCUUAGAAGGGAUCUUGACGUUUUCCUUAGGGACGGAGAAGCCGGAGCGCCCCUGGCCUGGCAGCCCGCCCCCGGUCAGGAGGCCUUGGGGGCCCGGCAGGUAGGGCGCUGACGACGUCGGUCCACCCUGCUGCACUUGCUUGGUUGGCUCUUGACGUUAGAUUGAGGACAUGGGAGCAUGUGGCCGAGAUGCCUUAUAGUGAGGUUGAAGCUAAGUUUUUGGGACCUGGAAAAGAACAAACAAGAGAACCAUGCUAUAAAAAAUUGAAAUCAGCUGCAGAUGAUGGUGUUUCCCCCCUUCGAGGUGGUCCUGAUAUUCACAGAAUCCAAGAAAAACCCAGAAAUAAUAGGGUCGCGGUGGCCACCAUUAACUUCAGAAGACGUGUUUGUCCUCAGGAAGACAAAACCAGUACAGAUGUGUUAAAGCCAUUGCACAAGGAGAUGCCUGGUGAUAAACUGGGUGGUAGUGAAUCCAUCGGUUCCCCAGCUUUGCAGGAUGGAAAGCCUUCACCACUGGCCAAGGAUGAUGAAAUCUAUAGCACAAGUAAAGCAUUCAUAGGCCCCAUUUACAAACCCCCUGAGAAAAAGAAAUGCCGUGAAAGGAAGAGUGAGACAGAUACUUUCAGUAGUAUAGAUAGCAAAAGAAGACAAGAAGAAAAACAGAAAUCUAACUCCAAAAAAUUGGAGAUGGAUACAGAAUUAUCCCAGUUUUACAAAGAAAUUGAAGAGCUGGAAAAUGAAAAUGAAGCUUCCCAAGGCAGUUGUACGGAACCAGAACCUUCCGAAGAACCAAUUAUUUCUUAUGACUGGGCCUGUAAUACUCUAAAGUCUGAGGAGGAAAACAAAGAUCUCAGUGAUGUUCUUCAGUCACAUUGUGGUUAUCAAGAGUACUUGGAGGAUGAACCAGACUAUCCCUGUGAUGAGCAGUUGAUGCCUGCAUUUUGUGAAACUUCAUUUCCUUCCUUCAGGCCUGAAUGGCAGUCCAUGCAUCCUUUUGUCAUACCCCAUGAUCCUCUUUCCAGUUUUAAUUAUUUUAAUUUUCAAAGAUUUGGUACCCCACUACAUCCAUCACCAGAUGUUUUCCAUGGUCGAGAUGACUCUCAGAUGCAGAAUGGGUGUUACGUAGACAGUUAUCAGGAUGGCUGGAGCUGCUUGACGUUUGAUCAGAACGAUGAAUAUGCUAACUAUGAUGUGACUAGCAAUAAUGUUCAUCCCUUUAGAAAUGGCUGCAGUGUACAAGAUGAAAGUGUGAAUAAUGGUUUCUGUGAAAUCCGAGAGUGCUGGCAAGAUCCUUCCAUGGACAAGCAUAAUGAAACAGACAGGUUUGUGAACCAGUGGUUUCAAGAGGAGAAAUUAAAUAAAUUGCAGAAAUUGCUUAUUCUUUUGCGAGGCCUCCCCGGUUCUGGAAAAACAACAUUGUCUCGAAUUCUGCUUGGUCAGAGUCGUGAUGGCAUCGUGUUCAGCACUGAUGACUAUUUUCAUCAUCAAGAUGGGUACAGGUACAAUGUUAAUCAACUUGGUGAUGCCCAUGACUGGAACCAGAACAGAGCAAAACAAGCUAUUGACCAAGGGAGAUCUCCAGUUAUAAUAGACAACACUAAUACACAAGCCUGGGAAAUGAAACCGUAUGUAGAAAUGGCCAUAGGAAAAGGAUACAGAGUAGAGUUUCAUGAACCGGAAACUUGGUGGAAGUUUGAUCCUGAAGAAUUAGAAAAGAGGAAUAAGCAUGGUGUGUCUAGAAAGAAGAUUGCCCAGAUGCUGGAUCGCUACGAAUUUCAAAUGUCCAUCUCCAUUGUGAUGAACUCAGUGGAACCAACACAGAAAAGCAUACAAAGACCCCUUCCUCUCGAGGGGGAGCAGAGAGGAAGAGUUUUGAAGAAAAGUGGAUACAGGUUUGACAAAACCAAACAGAAGAGAAAUGGGACAAGAAAGAAAAGGUGCAACGGUUUUAGUGAGAACUCACUGGAAACCUUAGGUAACCUUGCGCCUGGAGGUCAGGGUCCAUCUCAGAGGCAAGGGGAAGGCACGGACGAGGUCAAGAGAGAGCCAUGGCGUCCUUUAACUGGUGGUCUACAGAAUGAAGCCGCAGACUGUGGAAAUGGCUGUGAAGAGCAAAGUUGGCAAGACAGAAAGAUCUUAAACAGUUUCCAAAACACUGUGUCUACAGUUGAGUUGGACCACACACCUAGGAACUGCUCCCCCAAGGAGGAGAAAGAGGAGAGGGGCUCAUUUCUAACUUUACCAUCGGUACCACCUGCCUCUCAUCAUACAAGCACCCAGCAUCUUUCAUGUGCAGUGAGGGAUGGCUGCUCAGGCGUGAGGGUGGGACAGCAUCUGAGGAAUAGACAUAACUCAGCCUUAGACUCCCAGGGCGCAUUUGCUAAAGCCCAGGGCUCCUUUAUGGAGAAGAUAGAGGUGAAGGAUAAAAGUCUCCCAGAUGAGUUCGCCGUGAAUCAUCAGCGUGGGACCAGAAUGUCAGAGGAAGUUCUGAGAAAGGAACAAGGAGUCAGAAGCAAUUGCUGGGCUUUUUUUACAGCUAGUUUGUGUGAUGAAGACUCACAGCUCAGGUUUGAGAGUCGGCCAUAUUUGGGCAGUUGGCCAGAGGGACCUCAUAAGUUUGUGUGUGAACAGAGACCCAAGAAAGCUAGGUCUCGCAGGCUGACCUGCCCCGAUAGCGAGGAACAAUUUGUUAAGUUGAUUUCCACUUCUGAAGGAGCAACAGGCUCAGAAAGCGGCCCAGAAAUACUGACAGAGAAGAAGCUACUGACAGACUUGUCUCCUAAAGCUGAAACUGUAGGUUUACCCAGAAACCCAGGAACAGAUAUCUCCAGCAGCCGUGUCCCCCAUCUGAACCCCCCAGAGCACCCCUUAGAAUCAGUGAAGGGUACACAACCGGUGCAGAGGGAAAUUUGCAAUUUGCCACCAGACUCUAGGUUACUGGGACAGACUCAUAUCAACCCUGAAGAUGAGGAGAAAUGUGACCUCUUAACAGAGAGUCAUGGGCUGAACACUUUUCCUCAGGGGAAGGACAUUUCUGAUAUAAUCAAUAAAGAUGAGAGAAAGCAAGAAGUGGUGAUCUUUGACCGUCAUCUGCCAUGGUUUUACCUUGAUAACCUUCUCUAUGACUCUCCUCUAAGUAUGACUGGGAAGUCUUGUUCUUAUCGCCUGUCCUUUAACAGACUGGGGUGCGCUGUGUAUUUUUAUAAAAACCCUGUCCCUUCUCUCACGCUACAUUACCUGUCUGCCUUUUGCAUAGUAUCUCUUAACAACAAAAGAACACUUUUGACUUUCAAAUCUCAGGAAAGAGUGAAUAGGACACUAACAGAUGGCGGGUUCAUUCCUUCAGAAGUUGUAAGUAUCCGGCCUGAUACUGUUAGCUCUCUGAGGAUUUCUUCUGAUCGUCAGUUUUCAAAUGAGAGCUUUGACGGAAAGCUGAAGAUAUGGGAAACCUGGGAGCCAGUGCAGUGUGGACUUGCUGAGGACAGCCAAAACAUAAGCAGGAAUGGUCAGUCCUUCGGGCCACUAGCACAAGAAUUUGCCUUUCAGCCAGCCAAACUUUUGGGAUCUCCUGGAGUUGCAAUGGAACCCUUGUUACCGGAUGACCCAACACAGGAUUCCCUUUGAUACGGAAGUCAUUCAAGAUAAUGCCUUUGCGAUGGAAGAUGUCAACAAAGGUAUCUUUUUUAGGUUUCAGAGAUUUCUUUUCAAAAUAGUUAUUUGUGUUAUAUUUAAUUAUUGUGUGUGUGUGUGCAUAUGUGUGUGGGUGCCCACAGAGGCUAGAGCUAUCGGAUCUCCCUGGAGUUGGAGUUACAGGCAGAUGUGAGCUGCCUGACUGCCUGACUGAGGUGCCUAUAAGCACCUAGGCUCAUUUACCAGGCCAAGGUCACCUGAUAGGGCCAGGAAGCAAGCCAGGCUUGGAUUGGCGUGGUCAUAGUAAGAUCGAGGCUGUGAUAGUUUUACUGUGAGCAAUCCUACUUUUUAUCUCUUUAUCAGAAACAGAAGAUAAUAGCAAUUGUCAGGAUCAAUGAUGUUGCAGUUGCCAGGACACAGUGAAGUUUGCAAAUUAUACAGGGCACACAAGAUUAAUGCCUAAGACCGAUUGGCCUGUCAAGCUCCCAGGUUUCCUUGAUUUCUGAGAACAUACAGAGAAACACAAAGUGACCUAAUUGCUUCACUGCCUGAGGGAGUGGAUCGGUUUCUCAGGAAUGAGAAGACACAUUGUGCCCCAGAAGCCACGGAUUCUAACUGAAAAACGUAUAUGACACAUGCCUCUCAAAGUAGCUAGGCCAAGCCAACUCCAUGGUUCCUUACAGGCGCUGAGAACCAGUCAGAGUUCUGCAAGAGCUGUGUGUAUUCACAACUACUGAGCCAUCGCUAGAUAAAAUACUUUUUUUGGUUUUUUGUUUGUUUGUUUUUUUGUUUUGCAAGACAGGGUUUCUCUGUGUAGCCCUGGCUGUCCUGGAACUCACUCUGUAGACCAGGCUAGCCUUGAACUCAGAAAUCCUCCUGCCUCUGCCUCCCAAGUGCUGGGAUUAAAGGCGUGUGCCACCACUGUCUGUAGAUAAUACUUCUAUAAAAAUAAAAUCAGAGGAUUGUUUUCAUGAAAAUUAGAAAAAGAAUAUGCAUGGAUGUUAUUGUAUUAGCCAUAAGAGAACCUUGCGUUUAAUUCUCUAAGUGUAUUGAAGGCCAUGCACUCUGAAGAGCUGACCAUUUUAGGAGAGUCUGCCAUUCACUGAGUAAAUUCUCCUGUCCAGACCUAAAUUAGCUUAGAUCCAUAUUUGCUUGACUUGAAAACAUCUCGUUGUUGGUGUGAUCUUGUGGUCCACAGUGGUGAAUAUCCCUGUUCUUUUAUUAUUAUUAUUGUUGUUGUUAUUUAUUUUUUGGUUUUUUGAGACAGGGUUUCACUGUGUAGCCCUGGCUGUCCUGGAAAUCACUCUGUAGAUCAGGCUGUCCUUGAACUCAGAAAUCUGCCUGCCUCUGCCUCCCAAGUGCUGGGAUUAAAGGCGUGUGCCACCACUGCCCGGCAAUAUCCCUUUUCUUAAGGGCCGCUUGUUUUAUCCAGGGAGCUGGUGGAGGACUGGCUUGGACAGUUAGACAGUAACAGAGACUGGAAAAGUAGUUAUCUACCUGGCUUUGGCUUUUGUUUUUGAUAGUUGGCUUGGUUUUUGCCUUUUUUUUUUUUUAGAUUAAUUAAUAGUGAAAUAAAUGAAGCUGGAGGCACCUGGGGGCACAUUUUGGAAUUAGUAGUAAAAUCUAACUUUAAAGACAAAUUGUAGUACCAUUGCUUAAAGGUAGCAGGUGUUUCUUAUGGGCACAUUUGUUUUGUGUGAAUCGUAUGUACACGUUUUAUAAGCUGUCCUUUUGUUUUGAAGAUGAGGUCAUCUAUGUAGCCCUGUGUGACUUCAAAUUCGUGGCCAUAUUCCUGCCUUCAUCUCUCCUGUGCCGGGCUGAUGCUCUUGGACCGCCAUGUCCUGUGGUGUGGCUUACUUCUUCCCCGAGUCCUCGGGGAGUCUAUGCUGUCAUUCGCGCACACAGAGAGCAGUACUUACAGUACUAAGUACUAAGUACUUAGUACAGUACUUACAGUGCUAAGACUGACAUUUGUGGUCGUGAUGUUUCUUUCGAUAUCUGAGGAAUGCCUGCGCAGGAGAAUUAAUCAUUAUUUUGUGUAUCUCAAUUAUUAUUUCUAGAAAAGGCAGAAGAGUCUUGGUUAAAAAUGAAAAAUCCCUUGACCUGUAAGUACCUCUUGCCGCAGAGACCUCGAUAUGGUCAGGAGGAAACGAGUGUUGGCAUUGCCUGGUUGUAAUAGCGCAGAUGUAUUGCAGUUGAAGAGUUGUUACUAUAGCAACCCUGUCUGUGCGACUGCAUGUUCAAUUCUUUUCUUCAGUCUCUUUCUGUGACCUACAAACAAAGCUUGGAUUGUUGCUCCCAAGAUUUAUUCCCCAUUUCAUUAGUUAGAAUGCAUUUCAGAGCAUUCUGACGACAAUACAAGAGAAUACACACACACACACACACACACACACACACACACACACACACACUGGUGUGUGACCAGAGCUAGGAAUUAGGGCUGUAGUUUCCAUGUAAAUAUAUAUAUUAACAGAUGCUCUAAGCAAAGAGGCAGCAUGGAUAAACAUGAGGUCAUAUACUUGACAUAGAGAGUGACAUUAAAGGAAACACAUAUGUUGCGAUGCCAGUGCAUUCGUGUCUGCACUUAGUAAGAGUGGAACACACAUGUGCUUGGCAUGUUUUCCUCUUGCCCCCGCUUCUGCUGGGAGACGGGGCACUGCGUGCUGGGGAGGAGUUUAGAGGUCUGGAGAGACUGCUAGAACGAGAUGAGUGUGCUAAGAGACUGUGAGAGCUCUGGAGGAAGGGAUGAAAGCUCUCAGUUUGUUCCCAGUGCAUGAGUGGUGUCAUCUUAGACCUUGCUCUCUGUGCCGAGGGAAAGCAGCGAGCCCUUUCCUGUGCUGUAUACAGCAGUCUCUGUUAAGACGUGUGUCCCUUCUCCCCUGUGAGGGGCCCUGCAGACACUGAGCUACCAUACAAGGAACACGCAGCGAGCUUGACUUGACUUGGCUGUGGCCAUUCCGAGAGUCCCUUCUCUGUGGUGACGGUGCGGAUUUGUGUCAAGGACAGGCUCUGCAAGUGCUUUUGGUUUUGAAGUCGCUCCUCUGCUCCUCCGUUCUGAUCUAACUGUUCUCCGUGGCACUGGCCUCACCAACAGCCUCGCUCUAAAUCUUCAUCUGAGCGUCUCUCUCGAGCUCUGUAGCCGUAUGUGUAUUCGCUACAGUCAUCUGGAGAAAGAGCCUUCCGGUUUGGGUUGUCACGGCAUACUGACAAGUAGGUUUUAAAGGGCAAACAGAAAUACAGGAAGAGGCAAUUAUAAGAAGAACCUGCUGGGCUGUAGAAGUCCCAUGGUGGUUUCUGCCUAUCUCACAGUACUCAGCACUGGUUGCCAUGUGCUGACAGCCACAGGCCUCUGUAGAUGCUGAGGUAGGCCAAGGAUGUGCUCCUACACGAUUGUUCUGGAGGUGCUGCCUGCUGUGUGACCUGAAAGAAUUAAUCUCCUCACAGCCUAGAUUUUCUUAACUGUAAAACAUAAGUAGAUAAUAUCACUUUAGUCACAGGUACUUGGACUAGUGCCUGAGAAGUCACGGCUUUAGCAUGGGUUUAUCUCAUCCUUUUACACCUCCAGGACCAAGGCCUUUGGCAGCACAAAACUGUGGCUGUCCUGGAAGAGGGAAAGAUUGAGCCAGGAAACCUGCUUACAGAUUUGCAUACAUUCCUGUGGUGGUCCUUAUUAACAUCUGUACUACUAAGAGCCGUAACCCGAGAGCAGAGGUGAGAUGCACGCAGAACCGGGCAGAAUGGACUGAAGGGACAGCACAGGCGGGAGAUGCCGGGGCGUAGCAUGACUAGGGCAGCAAAGGGGACCCGUUGUGUCUGGACAUGUCUGGGUGUGUGCUUGCCUGCAGUGAAGAUCUCUGCUUCCUUUCCUGCUGCUGAGAAAUCCCUGGGAAAAGCCAGGGAGCCCAGUGCUGACCCUCAGAGGCCCUCCCACCACACUCCCACUGGACACCCACCCUCACUGGCCUGGAUAAUCCCUCCAGUUGUUGCUUCUGAUUAAGUUGUGUCAAUAAAAAGGAAAGGAAAGAAAACUCGGCAAGCAGCAAAAGUGUGAACACAGCCACUGCCUGAUGCCAAGAGCUGUUGCAGCUUCGACCUGCAGAGGAAAGAGAGGCAUGGACAGCCCUGUAAUAGCUCUGAGAUUGCGUUAGUAACCUUAUGCAAGCAUUGAUCUGUGGCCACAGCUCUAGGAUUUGAAGUCCCCAAAGGCUCUAAAAUCCAAGUAUUGUUCUGUUUAUUCAGUUUUUUUUUUAAUGGUGGUGAAAUAUACAAUAAAGCCAUUGCCUUAGCUAUUCUUUGAAAAGUGUUCAUUUAUGUUAUUGUACGUGUGUGUGCAUGAGUUAGUGCAUGAAGGAGCUUGUGGGGACCAGCAAAGGCAUCAGAUAGGUGCCCUGGAAUUGGAGUUCCGGGCAGUUGUGAGCCACAGUGCAGAUACAGGGAACCAACACCAGGUCCUCCGCAAGAGCAGUGAGUGCUCCCAGCCUUCUCUGCAGCCCCACUGCCGGCUCCUCCUCUCGAGUGUAUUUUAGUUCAUUCAUAACACAGCAGUGGUCAUGACCACCCACCCUCAGGGCUGCUCUCAGUCUGUGACAACCCCCCUCCCCGCCCCCGUCCAACCUAAUCUAGCCUAACCUGGCUCCCUAACCCAGGCUUCACCCCGGCACCCACUUUCACUUUUGAAUUAAGCGUGACCUUAAAAUUAAUUUGUCACCAAGACUGACCUGGACAGACAGGACAUGGCUUUUCUUUGUUAUUUACUCACUUGGCGUGUAGUUCUGUACACCUCAUUGCAGACAUCAUGUUUUCCUUACUGUGCCCCUCCUCCACUCAGAAUAGAAAGCAAUAGUUGUCUUUGUACUAUAUUAUAUCAACAAACAAGUGUUUUCAGAGUUCUCAGACUAUCUGACCUCCAGGAAUUUGGUCAGAGAUCACAGAAACUACAAUAUAAUUAAUUGGCAGUUACUAUUAGUAUUUUGUCCUAUUUUGACAUAGUUGUACUUAAAUUAAAAAAAAAAAAGUUUGAAGAAAUAAGAGUAAUUGUUCAGUUCCUCACAGCUCAGUGCAGGCAUUUGCUUAACUCCUAACAUGCUGCCUUCCUCUGCAACUCGCUUGGCUGACGGGCUCCAUGAAAUAACCUUCACGGAGCAGGUGUGUGUGUGUGUGUGGUGGUAGUGGUGGUGGGGUUCUACUGUACACCCCCAUCCCUCAGAGCAGGGGUGGAGAGGUGGGGGUUGGAGGGAGGGGGAGGAGUCGGGAACUUCCUGUGCUCACCUCUGUUUCCUAACUGGACUCUGAACUCCCCUCAGUCUAAGCUCCACCCACAGCUUCUCACCUUCCAGUGCCCGAAUGUCCUGGGUAUGUUGGAUGAGUUGUGCUUUUUGGCUCUCUAUCGUUUAGGGCACUUUUGAUCAAAUCAAUCCGCAUUUGACCCUUUGCUGUCUAGUUUCUAGAAUCCCGUUGCUAUGAGCCCCUCCGCAGCUUAUGCUUAAUGUGAUAACGACAAAACAGCCGGGGCUUCUGGAGAAACCCCAAAGUAGCUUCCUUUGUACUCUAGUGAGGUUUCAAGGAAGAGCAGAAGUUACAAGCUUGCCUUCAACCUGCCAUCUGUAGUAGGUUUACCACGUUCUUCAGAUGGCCCAGUGUCUCCUCCGUGUUUACCCUGUACAGGUUGAGUGUGUGUUGCUGGACUGGAGGUCUUGAGCCACGGUUUGUGGCCUGCACUUGUCUUCUUGCACUCAAGUCCGAAAGGCCGAGAAAAUCAAAGCCAGUAUCACAGGAUUCUGGCGGCACCGAUCUGCGCCACGCUAGGGAGCUCACGUGGUCUUCUCCUUUCCUUCCUUGUUCCCUUCCCCCAGUCUUGUUUUGAGAUAAGUAUUUCAUUAAGUUCCCCAGGCAGCUUUGAACUUUCAGAGCUGCUGCCUGGGUCUCCCAAGUAACUAAGACUAAAUGUGCUUAAUUUAAUGUAAAGCAGCCCUGUGGUUCCCUAACUUCAACCUGCCUCCCACAGCUUCCCUCAGGCAUCUAGAAGAGGGCAGAGUGAGGCAGAGUUAGGAGGAUCGGUAGACUGACAGGCAGGGAGGAGACUGGCAUCUGGAAAAUUCUUUCUUUGGUGCCGUAAACAGCAAAAUGUGUGGCUUUUUAUGUUAGAAGCCACUCUGCCAUAGCCGUGCCUAGGGAUAGUAUUGGAAAUAUUUAACAGCGGGCGUACUGAGGGCAGUCACCAAUUUGGACCGUCCUUAUGAUUUAAUAAUGCUUACUGACUCACUGGCCACAAGGCUUAGGCUGGGAUCUAGAAUGCUGCAAUUUUCUAUACUUUUCUCUACAUUUAUCACCUUCUAAUUUCCAGAAAGACGCUCUGGGAAAACGGGUUAGGACUACUCUCCUCCAUGGUAUCUUCAUAAAACGCGUGCCGUCACACCAAGUUUCCUUGCACCUAUGGUGAACAUUGGGUGCAGUCCUUACCUCUGGGGAGAUGUCUGACAGCAGGGGAGUGACAUAUUGUGCCAGGGAUGUGCUUUAAAUGAUGGAAUGCAUGCUAUAGAGCUGAGUUUGGUCCCUCGAAACUCAUACGCCCACGAAUGAGUGGGGGUGGGGCUUGUUGGCGUAGGGGGCGUGGGGCAUAUUGGAGUGGAGGUGAGGCCAGGUAGGACAUUCUUAUCAGGUUUGUAUAGAGGAUGUGUCUGCCCAGCUUCUCUUUUGCACUGUGCUUUUUGUUUCUCCACAUCUUAUUGAAAUGUAACAUUUAGAAAAACAUCAUUUCCCCCAAAUGGUUUAUCAGAUGAUUUUUCCCUAUUUCUCUUCUGUUCCGUUAAGCCGGAGUCACGCACGCUGCUCAGGCUGCCCUGGGCUUCUGUGCUUAAGAGAUGUUUUAGAUUUGCCCUCCCCAGCUCCCAAGUAGUUCCCAAGUGUUAGCACACUGCACCUGGUUUCCGUUUGUCCUCUCCAUCAAAGUGAUCAUACAAUGCGGCAUUCACUGUUUGUCAUGCUGGACCAUGCAGUGUACGUUUUUAUUUUGUUUUUCUUUUGUUUGUUUGAGACAUGGUCUCUCUGCAUAGCCUUGGCUGUCCUGGAACUCACUAUGUAGACCAAGAUGGCUUCAAGAACUCACAGAGAACUGCCUGUCCAAGUCUCCCAAGAGCUGAGAUUAAAGGUAUAUGCUACUAUGCCUGGCUUAUAUUUUUUUAAGUCUUCAUUUGUGUGUGUGUGAAUGUGUGUGUAUGUGUGUGUUUUUUAGUGUAUGCAUGCCACACAUAUUAGGAGGCCAGAAGGGCUUUGGGUCCUGUUGCUAAAAUUUCUUCCCUCAGGGAGACAUAAGCAACAUCUUUAUUCCUUUUCUUCCUGGCCAAACAACAAACUGAGACAUGAUUCCACCAGAGGUCACUCUGGAGAAGCAGUGAGUUUAUUAGGCUUUCUUACACAGCAUAGAUGAGUGAUUACCUUCUAGGGCAUGAGUGGUCCUCACCUGAAAGGCCACACCAGAAAGUCUUCACCCAGCAGGGACAGAUGAGGGCCUUCCCAUUGCUGCAUAGAUGGGAACCCCUUGUCCCCAGACUGCAUGUAGUUAGGACAGAGUUGCAUUCAACAGGCAGAAAGGAGCUGAGGGUCCAGUGGCUCUCCUUAUCAACCAGCCCGGCUUGGAUUUGUGCAAGCCAAACCAGCUAAAUACCUCAAGAACGAACGGGGUUGUUUGGCCCAGAGGAUAGCCCUGUACAACAGAUCCCCUGGAACUAGAGUUACAGGUGCUUGUGAGCCACUUCAUGUAGCUGCUGGGAACCAAACACCAGUCCUGAUCCCUGAGCUAUCUCUCCGUUGUGUGUGAGUGGGUGUGAGUGUAUGUGCUCAUAUGAGGCUGUGCAGCAUGCAUGUAGAGACCAGAGGACAUCAGGGGUCUCCCUUAUGCUCUCUGUCUUAUUCCUUUAAGAAAGGGUCUCUCACUGAAGCUGGAGCUGCUGAUCAAUGGGCUCUGCCAAGCCAGUCAUCUCCACUCCUCUCAGCACUAGGGUUACGUGUGCAGCCAUGCCCUCCUUGUUACAUGGGGUUGUGGAUUCAAACUCAUGCCCUCAUGCUUGUACUCUAAGACUCUAGCCUACUGAGCCAUCUAUCUCCUCAGUCCUUAAACCUCAAAAAACAAAAAAACAAAAACAAAAACAAAAACAAAAAAAACCCCCCAAAAAACCAAAACCAAAACCAAAAACAAAAAAUCCACACAUUUUAGGGUUUGUUUGUUUUGUUUUGUUUUAUUCUAGAAAAACAGGUAUCAAUGGGUGAACAAGGUUAAGGUCUAUACUCAACAAGAAAGACAUGACCCCCCAAAAUAUGGAACACUUCAUGAAUUUUUGUGGGGCCAUGCUAAUCUGCUCUGCAUCCACUUUAAGGUGCUGCCAAAUCGAGCCCUUUAACCCCAUUUUGUACCAUCCACACCCCAAAUGCUCCAUGUUUCUUACUGGACAGCAGAUGAUUGGAAUGAAAAAGAAAGUAUUUGAGGCUGAGGGGAACCACGUUUGUAAACGUGUGCUAAGGGUAUGCUCAGGGUGCAGGAGAUUCACUUCCUCAAAUGUGAACCCGGACGUAUACAAGCUAAAGGUCACUGCUGUUAGGACAAAUGUGUCUUCUCCAUUCCUCGUGCUUCCUCUUAAUGUGCACACAGAAAGAAGGACUAAAGAAGUAGCUUCACUCCGGGAGGGGAAUUCCCGGGGGAGCAACCUGACUGCUCCACACCCCAACCCAGGGGAAGUCCAAAGCCAGCGAGAUGCACAGGCAGCUGUCCUCCCUCCUUGUACACAGCCCCUUCCUAACGCGCUCAUCAGGAAAUCUCUGAUUUUGACAUAGGUUCUGAGUCUUAGAAAGACACUACUUCUUUCUCCACACUUCCUUCUCAUAAUGCUCAUACCUUAGGUGCCAGACACAAAAUGUUUUGAUUUUUACAACAAUUGUAGCCAAAGCCACCAAUAUCUCAGAUUUUCUAGUAUGCAAAUUUUGAACAGUUUCAUUCUGAAAACCAGGACCAUUCUAUUGCUUCUAAAGGGAAAUACUGGAGAGUCACAGCCAGUGGGUGCUGCCAACUCCUGCAACUUGAAUUUGGUUUUAUAUAAAUGGUACCAUGACAAUCUCCCCUGCUAUGUGGCAGCGGAAGGUGUUCAUGAAGCCUCCUGAGUCCACCCGAGACCCAAGGAGUAACAAGAGACUUAAAAGUUGCAUACAGCUUUUAAGGAUAGUUUUGGCAGGCCGGUACCGGUACUAAGGAAACGUACAGGACCCUGAAGGAGUGUACCUCAGUCCUUGGGACCCCAGCCAGGUGCUGACUGAUUCACAGGCAGUAGGGGAGACAACAGUCUUUACUGUGACUGCUCGGAUGCGCUGGUCACAUUCUCUAAUCUCCCACGGAAAGUAUUUACUUUCAAGGUCUAGGCCGGUCUGAAGUGAGAUGAGGCAGAGCCGUGGCAGAGGGCUGGGCUUCCACAGUGACUGCAGGGAAACCUCCCACUGUGUCCCCGGGGCCAGGCCCCUUCCCUUGGGAAGGGCUGCGGAAGGCGGCGGGGGGCUGGAGGGAGCGCUGGGGGCUGCGUCACCCACGCUUCCCCGGGCUGUCAGACUCCCCGGCAGCGCCGGGGCCUCACAGGUAGAGACGCCCCCUCCCGCGGUUCGCGGGGCCGGGGAGGAGGGGCCGGGCUCCGAGCGCCCGCCCCUCCAUCUAUCACAUGGCCGGAGAGUCACAAAAACAACAGCUUUGGCCAAGACCGUGACUUCAGGAAGGGAGCUCAGGGCCCUCGCCGCCAGCCCCCUCCCCAUGGAGGACAGUUUUCUGGAAUCGUUCGGGAGGCUGAGCCUCCAACAGCGGCAGCAGCAGCCGCCUCCUCGGCCGCCGCCCGCUCGGGGGCCACCUCCGCGCCGCCACAGCUUUAGGAAACACCUCUACCUCCUGCGCGGCCUCCCGGGCUCGGGAAAAACCACGCUGGCCAGGUAAUGAGAGCGGCCUGGCGCCCACUCGCGCUCCUGCCCCGAGCGGCUCCGCGCGCCGCCCCUGCCCUUGCCCCGCGCGCCCGAGAGCUUUGCCGCGCGCCGGCCCGGGAGGACGGACCUCGGCAGUGCGCCUUGCGCAAGCCCCAAGACGCCGCCGCCGGCCCUUCCCCGCCGCGCCGGGCCUGGUGCCCACCCCUCCACCCCCAACUCCCCGGCAACCUUCGUCCCCAGCCCCGGGUCGGGGAGGCCCGCGGGGACUGCUCUUCGGGAAAAGCUGGUGGUGACUGCAGAGAAACCCGCUCCCCGCCCGCUGGCGCGCAGGCAGCCGCCACGGCGCCCACAGGCGCUGUCACCGGAGCGAGUUCGGGGAUGUCCGGGUCGGGGGUCCGCGCGGCGCUGGCCGGGGGCCCGCUUUGAGAUCUGGUGGAUCGGCGCAGCCUGCGGCUGCUUUGGCGGCUGCGAAGGCGCACAGGUGCUCUGGGGAGGGGGGCGGGGGGCUGGCGGCGCCACCACCGACCGUCACUGACAGCCUCUCCGCGGGCGCCCAAAUUCGAUCACUCGCGAAUUGCGUAAGCGGCCCUUCGGGUACCCGGGCAGAGAGAACUGCGCGGGCUUGCUGCCUGCUGCACCUUGCUAGGCCCACCGCUCCAGCCUGAACGCCCUCCACUUCCUGCCCUGCACUUGGUAUUCCAGCAACGUUGGACUGUUUCUCUCUCCUUGCUGGGGUUGAGGAUGCUGACCCUCCUGCCUGGCUUUCCCACCGUCACCCUUUGCCCGACUGGUCUCACUAGCCUUUUAAAACCGGUUCUAUUACCUCCCCUCGCAGCUGCCUCACCCUGCCGUAGAAGCCGCCCGCCCUUCUCAGCGUCUUGGCUCCUGUUUACAUCUCUGUGACUGCGCUUAGGUUUGCACACGGUUGCUUUUGCCUUCUGUGAGAUACUUGAAGAUAGGGGCCAUGUCUUACCCUCCGUGAACGUUAUCGGGCACACACUAGUCGAUAGAAGCAGUCACUUGCCACCUGUGUGCUUGCUUCCCUUCUCAUCAGAUAAGGCUAGCCCUAGGACCCUGGAACCGCUGAAGAAUCAAGGUAGCCCGCGGUCACAUGCUGAUUUCCAUGGCACCAGGAUUUUAAUUCCUGCUUGACAUUUGACUAAGCAGAAGACAUCGGACAAGAGAACAUCUCAUUAAACACCCGUAGGGACAGAUUGGGUGAGCCCCGGCCUGAAGGCAGAAGCCUGCUGUAGAUCUACCUCAUCACUAGCUAGCUGCUGUCUUAAGCAACCAUGACGCCUCUCUGUGACUACUAAGAGGUGAUUAAGUUAGAGGGUUCAAUGGGAAUCUUUCUCGUAACUUCCUGUUGCCAGAUCUAAAGAGUCAAGUAUGGCUUCCUAGCCAAGCUCUGCCACUCACUGGAGAUGUAGUCACUGGUUAGGUGACUGAUUGGCAGGACAAGCCCUCGGAGUUACAGAGGCAUUGGCUGUGACCAGAGGAGGCAAACCAUGGACUCGGCCCCCUACUGUAAGGGGCAAUGUAAGCCUUGGCAUGCCUCCCGGUGGGCUGUGGGUUUAUAUAUAAAGUUCCGCAGGGUGGGUUGCAAGUAAGAACCAGUCUGGAAGUCACAGCAAGACCUUCCCAGACCAUGUUUUCCAGGGAGGGAAUAGGAGAGAGAAGAAUAGAAGAUUGCCUUAAAUAACACCAUGUAGAACGGAGACACUGUACGGUUAUUAUGUCCUUACUGGAUCCUGAGGGUCAUUUUAUCUAUAUGCUUUCAACAUUUUCUAUAAUGGACGUGUAUUUCUUAAACCAGACCUUUAAAUAAAAUCUUUUUCUUUAACGUUA